CCAGUAACGGUCACACUUGGAACAGUUGCCAUUUGUUGCGGACCACAAACAAAACAAAAUUCGCAAAUAUUGCAAGUUAACAAAGAUUUAUACAAACGCUAAGGCCAAAUAAUGUCGAAUGCAGAGACUCAAGUGUCCAGUUUGCCGAUGCCACCAGAGCGUUACAUCAGCAACUACACUGAGGAGAACAUACGACGCAAUCGAGCACCGCGUCCGCCGCCGCCACCUUCUCAACAUGAAGUUUAUAGCAUGUUUGGAAUACAGUAUAACAACGACGAGAUGAUACGUUCUCUGGAGUCUCAGAACAUAAAGCGUUUAAUACCCAUACAUUUCGAUCGACGCAAGGAACUAAAGAAACUCAAUCAUUCGCUUCUUGUCAACUUUUUGGAUCUCAUAGACUUUCUCAUACUGAAUCCCGACAGUCCAAGGCGGACAGAAAAGAUUGACGAUCUGAGUUUGCUGUUUGUCAACAUGCAUCAUCUGCUCAAUGAGUUCAGACCACAUCAAGCGCGUGAAACAUUACGAGUCAUGAUGGAAAUGCAGAAGCGUCAACGUGUUGAGACAGCCUCGCGUUUUCAGAAGCAUUUGGAGCGAGUGCGUGAGAUUGUCAACACUGCUUUCUCUGCGUUGCCCACACUUUUCGACGAGGACGAUGGCUCUGCGAAGAUCAAAAUGGAAGUGGAUCCUUUGGAGUCGAAUGCAGCGGCCAAAAAUGAUCCCAGCUAUCAGCAUGAUCGUGUAAUGUGCAAACUCGUGGAUGUCCUUGACUAGACAGUCUACAACUAUUAUUAGUCUACCAACUAUUAUAUACCAUUAUUCUAACUAAUAUAUAAUAUAAGCAAUAAAUUUGUAAACAUUUUAUAACAUA